AUGACCACCAAAACACAAAUGGUGGUGGUCUUCUUGUCAACCAUUUUCUCUCUUCAAUACCUCACUGUGUUUUGCUUUGAGUACCAAGUUGGUGGCAACACUGGCUGGGUUGUCCCUCCUCCUAAUGACACCAGAAUCUACAAUGAUUGGGCCUCUGAAAAUAGGUUCAAAGUUGGUGACACAGUCCGUUUUAGGUACAAGAAGGAUUCAGUGAUGGAGGUGACAGAAGAGGAUUACAAGAAAUGCAAUUCAUCACACCCAAAUUACUUCUCCAACAUUGGGAACAGUUUGUACAGGUUGGAGCAUUCAGGGGCAUUUUACUUCAUAAGUGGUGUUUCAGGGCACUGUGAGAAGGGGCAGAGGAUGAUCAUCAAAGUCAUUUCAGAGGAUCAAGACUCUUCUUCUUCUUCUUCUUCUCCAUCUGGUGGUGGUGACAGCAAUUCUGCUACUUCAGUUGCUGCUACACUAUAUGAACUAACUAUAAUUAUUUUUGUGGAUGGAAAAUCGAAACGCUUGCCAAUUACCAUUGACAAAUUCUCCGAUGAUUAUGCUCUCCCAUCAAGAUUCAACGUCUUUGGAGGCAUGAGCUGUGGCAUGCGUGCUUUGCGAGUUAAUACGUAG